AUGAAGACCUCAACGCUGGCUGUCGCUUCUGCCGGCACCAUCAUCACCGGCCUUUUGGCCUACGCCGUCUACUUCGACCACAAGAGACAGACCGACCCCGAAUUCCGAAAAGCAUUGAAGCGCAACAACCGACGACUGGCACGCGCUGUCAAGGAAGAGGCUGAAGCUCAAGGAGCCCAGCAACGCGAGAGCAUCAAGAAGGCUCUGCAGCAGGCGAAGGAAGAUGGUUUCCCCACAGAUCUCGAGGAGAAGGAGGCGUAUUUCAUGGGCCAAGUCGCCAAGGGCGAGGGCCUCUGCUCUGAAGGCGGAAACAAGAUUGAUGCUGCAUUGGCCUUUUACAAGGCGCUCAAGGUCUACCCUCAGCCCAAGGAUCUGAUCUCCAUAUAUGACAAGACCGUUCCCAAGGAAGUCCUGGAGGUUCUGGCCGAGAUGGUCGCUCUGGAUCCCACUCUGAAGCUCGGUUCUUUCACUGGCGAAGGUGGCAGUGCUGACCACCACGGCGUCGAAUAA